UGAAAGGAUUACCGAAAACAAUAAUAUAAUACGCUAUGGCUCCUAAAAAAACUAAACAACCAGCAGAAGUUGUAAAUCUAGGGCCAAAGGCUGUUGAUGGCGAAAAUGUUUUUGGAGUUGCACAUAUAUACGCAACAUUUAAUGACACCUUUAUUCACGUGACAGAUUUAUCUGGAAGAGAAACUAUAGUACGAGUUACUGGGGGUAUGAAGGUAAAAGCCGAUAGAGAUGAAUCAUCUCCGUAUGCCGCUAUGAUGGCUGCUCAAGAUGUUGUUAAAAGAUGCCAAGAACUUGGUAUUACUGCUGUUCACGUUAAGCUUCGAGCAAGUGGUGGCACCAAAUCUAAAACCCCAGGACCAGGUGCUCAAGCAGCUCUCCGUGCUUUAGCUCGUGCAGGCUUGAAAAUAGGAAGAAUUGAGGAUGCUACACCCAUACCUACUGAUUCUACACGUAGAAAAGCAGGUCGUCGUGGUAGACGUCUAUAAAUUGAUCCAUUGCUUCUUGA